CAUAUUCACAGGACGAAGAGGACAUUAUGAAAUGUUGUGAGUGAGGAGUAACGAGUACACACGUCUGUUCAAAGACAUUAACCAGCAGGAGCCUUGAUCUAAUGCUGGCAGUGGAGAUUGGAGAGAAGCUUUUACGAUAUGGAGGCUGUAGUUGACUUCCUAAAUGUAUUCCAUAUCAAGGCCAGUGGAUUGUCCGUGACACUUGGCCUCUUCCUCGUCUUUUUGGGUCUUCUCUACUGGUAUUCAAUUUACCCGUAUUCAGUCCUUUCUCGAUGUGGCAUCAAACAUCCAAAGCCCAUGCCUUUCUUGGGCAACAUAUUCAUGUUUCGCCAGGGUUUUUUCAACCCCAUCAGUGAUCUCAUAAAGACACAUGGCAGAGUGUGUGGGUAUUACUUGGGCCGGAGACCGGUGGUGGUGAUAGCGGACCCUGACAUGCUCAGACAAGUGAUGGUCAGGGACUUCAGCAGCUUCCCAAACAGAAUGACGCUUCGCUUUGCCACCAAGCCCAUGACUGACUGUCUGCUCAUGCUGAGAAAUGAACGCUGGAAGAGAGUGCGGAGCAUCCUGACCCCGUCAUUCAGUGCUGCCAAGAUGAAAGAGAUGGUUCCGCUCAUCAACACCGCCACAGAUGCCUUGAUGAGCAACUUGAAUGUCUCCGCUGAGUCAGGAGAGGCCUUUGACAUCCACAGGUGUUUCGGCUGCUUCACCAUGGAUGUUAUUGCCAGUGUGGCAUUUGCAACUCAGGUGGACUCUCAGAACAACCCAGACGACCCGUUCGUCCGCCAUGCGCAGAUGUUCUUCUCCUUUUCUUUCUUCAGGCCCAUCAUGCUGUUUUUCAUUGCUUUUCCGUUCAUCGCGGUUCCUCUGGCGGGACUCAUCCCAAACAAAAGACGAGACCAGAUGAAUCAGUUCUUCAUCAACAGCAUUCAGAAGAUCAUCAAGCAGAGAGAGGAGCAGCCGCCUGAGCAGAGGCGUCGAGACUUCCUCCAGCUGAUGUUGGAUGCGAGAACCAGCAAGGAGCGUGUGUCUUUGGAACACUUUGAAACAGAAAACCAUGCUGGUGAGCUUGAUCACAGGAACCUGCAGGCACAAGUGCCGGCCUCUGAUCAGGACAACCGUCUUCCCCCACAGGAGCCCCCCACCAGGCGUCCACAGAAAAAGAUGAUAACUGAGGAUGAGAUCGUGGGCCAGGCUUUCGUUUUUCUUCUGGCAGGGUACGAAACCAGCAGCAACACGCUGGCCUUCACCUGCUACCUCCUGGCCAUCCACCCCGAAUGUCAAUGCAAAGUACAGGAAGAGGUGGAUGAUUUCUUCACCAGACAUGAGUCACCGGAUUACACAAAUGUCCAGGAGCUAAAGUAUUUAGACAUGGUCAUCAGUGAAACUCUGCGUCUCUACCCGCCUGGCUUCAGGUUUGCGAGAGACAUUGACCAGGACUGCAUGGUCAACGGCCAGUUCCUCCCGAAAGGAGCGACGCUGGAGAUCCCAGCCGGCUUCCUCCACUACGACCCAGAGCAUUGGCCAGAGCCUGAGCGGUUCAUCCCCGAGCGAUUCACACCAGAGGCCAAGGCCGAUCGACAUCCAUUUGUAUACCUGCCGUUUGGAGCCGGGCCACGUAACUGUGUUGGAAUGAGGCUCGCCCAACUGGAAAUCAAAAUGGCGCUAGUGCGUCUGUUCCGUAGGUUCAGCCUCGUGGCCUGCUCUGAGACUAAGGUUCCUCUUGAAUUAAAGUCGUCGAGCACUCUGGGACCUAAAAACGGCAUAUUUGUGAAAAUUCAAAGAAGAGACACGGGAGAAGGUCGAGUGAACUCUCCACCAGACUAUUAGAAACGGUUCAGCCUCAUGGAUUUGUGGAAAAAACCUAUGAAGAGUUACAAAGCAUUCUACAGGUCCAUGUUGUCUCACAUUUACACAGUUAUUUUCAUAGGUAACCAUAACAUGAAGUAAAUUAUAAGUUACAAUACACUAUAUACCUCGAUUAUAGCGCUAGAACUAUGAACUAUGAACUAUGAACUACAAAGUGGACUGAAGACGGGAUGCGAGUAAAAACAGAGAGGAUCAAAUUAAGCAAUACAAAUGUGCUCGACUUAAAGCUGGGGUAGGCAGCUUUUUGGAACAUAAUAAAUUCACUUCAACCAG